AUGACCACGACAGCUGGUGUUGGGUCACAGCCAGCUGCCUCUGGGGUCAGGCCGGGUCUGGACCUGGAAGGAGAAUCCAUGUGCGCCCUGAGGAGAGAAAUCUCGCGGCUUGAUCCGGAGACGUGCGCUGCAUUCAAGGAGAGCCUGUAUCGCAUAUCCAGGAACACCAAUGUGCGGGUGACUGGUGUGGGCUGUCCUGUGCGACCAGCGUCCGCGGACUACGUUGUUGCCAACCUGAUGUACAACAGGAUUGCACUGGGCGAGCACUACGCUGCUGAGUUUGGACAUGCUCUACCGUCUGAACUGAUGCACUGAACCAUUCGGGACAAUGUACUCAUGCCAAUGGGACAUCCAGGUCUGACUAUGCAUGUACCAUACAUAAAGUCCUUCAGUGCGCUGGGUCAUCAUAAGUAGGCGGAUAGCACUGUGCAGCACAAUGCUGUUGACAGUGGAACAAAUAGACCUUGAGACAGCAAUCUCAACUUCAGCCACUUCAUGUACAGUUGUUUGCAUUCAGUCUGAAUCCAGGAUCGUCAAUGUCACAGGGUGGGCUGAAUGCAAUAUGAGAGAGAAGUUGCAACGAUGCAGCCUUCCAUGACCCUUCCUUUUCGGAUGCUGUGGUGCUUACAAAUAUUAUCGUCCUUGACAAUUGUUGACAAUUGUUUGCAAAUGGCGUACAGAUGCUGUCAAUACACUAUCUUUACGCCUGUAAAUUAUAACUAGGAUGUUA